ACCAAGCACUCACUGCGCUGCCCGGCAUGGCGACGCCACCACAAGGCCCCUCAAACGACCACCCGGUCACCUCCAACCGUCUGCCAGCUCCCAGCCCGAGGGGACAACACCGAACCGAGCACGGAGCAGGCCGCCAACUGCCGGCCACACCCCGGAAGCUACGGGCAACUCACCGGACGUUACCGGCCUGUAACGGAAAGCUGCGGAUCUCGCCCCGGAAACACAAAGGGGUUGCUGGAAAGAUGGCGGCUGCGGGAGGUUCGGCGGCGCCGGUGUGUGUGUUGGUGCUGGGAAUGGCCGGCUCCGGGAAAACCACCUUCGUGCAGUGCCUCGCUGCCCACCUGCACGGCCAGCGCUGCCCCCCGUAUGUCAUCAACCUGGACCCCGCCGUGCACGAGCUGCCAUUCCCGGCCAACAUCGAUAUCCGGGACACUGUGAAGUACAAAGAAGUCAUGAAGCAGUAUGGGCUGGGCCCGAACGGUGGAAUAGUGACCUCUCUCAAUCUUUUUGCUACAAGAUUUGAUCAGGUGAUGAAGUUUAUCGAGAAACGGCAAAACGCAUCCAAGUAUGUUAUCAUUGACACACCUGGACAGAUUGAGGUGUUCACAUGGUCAGCAUCAGGGACCAUCAUAACUGAGGCACUGGCUUCCUCUUUUCCUUCAGUGGUUGUUUAUGUGAUGGACACCUCUCGCAGUACCAACCCUAUCACCUUUAUGUCCAACAUGCUGUAUGCCUGCAGUAUUCUAUACAAGACGAAGCUACCUUUUAUUGUUGUCAUGAACAAGACAGAUAUAAUUGAUCACAGUUUUGCAGUAGAAUGGAUGCAGGACUUUGAGACUUUUCAGGAUGCACUGAAUCAAGAGACUUCCUACGUCAGUAACCUGACUCGUUCUAUGAGCUUAGUGCUGGAUGAGUUUUACAGUUCAUUGAAGGUGGUUGGUGUUUCUGCUGUGUUAGGCACAGGACUGGAUGACUUUUUUGUUCAGCUCUCUAAAGCUGUAGAAGAAUAUGAGAGGGAGUAUCGUCCAGAAUAUGAGCGCCUGAGGAAAACAUUGGAGAAGGCUGAAAAUAAACACAAGAGAGAUCAGCUGGAGCGCCUUCGGAAGGACAUGGGCCCUGUGUGUAUGCAGGGCAACACACUUGCAGGGUCUGAUGAUGCUUCUGCAAUGGGUCCCUCUGAGCUGAUCCUAACACGAGGAAAUCUUGAUGAGGAUGAAGAAGAGAGAGAAGAGAGUGAUACUGACGAUAUUGACCAUGAAGUUACAGAGGAGAGUCAUGAAGAACCAGCCUUCAAAAACUUUAUGCAGGAAACGCGGAUGAGAUACCAGAGAAAAAGCAAUGAGAAUGAAUGAGACACCCAGAAAUAAAUGGCUUGAAAUUCCUUGGAGUGGAAUUAACAGUAAAGGAACAGCAUAAAGAAAGCUGCAUGGAAACAUGCUUGAAGUGUGAAGUCUCUGAACAGCUUCCUCUGAUAUAUUGUACUUUCCUGCAGUAUAUGUUGGUCGUAUGAGUGGAGGGUUUUCUACCCAACUGACUGCACAUUUGGCUGUCUGCUACAAAAUCACAGAACCUUGGGAGUUGGAAGGGACCCCUGGAGAUCCCCCAGUCCAAGCCCUGCUGAAGCAAGUUCCCUAGAGGAGGUCACACAGGAAAGCAUCCAGGUGGGUCUGGUUAUCUCAAGGAGACUCCACCACCUCUCUGGGCAGCCUGUUCAGAGCUCUGCCAACCUCACAGUAAAGAAGUUUCUGAUGUUUGUAUGGAACUUCUGUUUUCUCUUGUGCUUGUUGCCCCUUGUCCUGUUGCUGGGCAGCUCUGAACAGAGCCCCCAUCCAUUGACCCCCACCCUUCAGAUACCAAUGAGCACUGAUCAGAUCCAGCAAUGGAUUUGAGUGUAACUGCUCUGCUCCACUAGCCCUCCAAGACUUGAUGUCAUCGGCCCUUCAGUCCUUAACAUGCAUCUUGCUGAAGCCACUCUGAACCACCAGGUCCGCUAAUGAAGUCAUCUUUCAUGAGCAACACGCAUGCGUGUUGGAAUACGGAAGUGGCUUAAACUGCUGCAGCCACUUUAUGCCACCAGUCUCAAUGAUGAAAGGUCCUCCAGGCACUAUUAGGCAUGUACACGGAAACUGCAUCUUUGCAAAGGGCGGGUUCACUUCUGGUUCUCCACUUGUAGAUAAAAACAGUUAUACUUAAAUGAGGGUAAAGAAUUAUUUUGUGAUCUAUACUGGGAUCUCCUUUCCUCCUUAAUCCUCUAGAAAUUUAAAACAAUUACACCAAAAUUAUUCCAGCUAAAACAGUUGCAUAUUUUUUAAUUAUAUAUAUAUAUAUAUUUAAGCUUAAAAUAUCCGAGUACUUUGUUCUUUCUGUUUCAAUCCUUCUUGACCUAUGUAUGGUCCGCCUGAGCCAAGCUACUACAAGAGAUGGCAGUGGGGGAUGUGCAGGUGCGCCGAUUGUAUCCCCUGCAGUUGAAUACAAUGCAGUCUGCGGACACUGAGCAACCUGGAAUGAUGCUGAUGAAGUUUCUUACUUCUUAUGUGCCGUUCCAGCACUGAUGUUUCGUGAUGCUGAACAGAUAUUUAGUUUUCCUAGGAGCCUGUUUUUCCUCUGACAUUGUUUUAAUAGCACCUUUCCUUUUCAGUGGUCCUAUACGAAGCCCGGAAUGUUUCUCCUCUCUCAUCUGAUUUUAAUUUCUUUAAUAAAGGUGAUCCAAAGAGUGCUUUUCAGGCAGA